CUUUGUCGGUCAUCUUUGCUUGUGUUGAAAAUAAGAGGUUUCGUGAAGUGGUGCAUUCGAGAAACGACAAGGCUUUGAAAUCCCCCACACUACACUAGCGCCACCCAGCCUCGUCAACUUCAACCACAUAUUCUACUCUUCUUCCCCUCUACGCCACAACCACUGUCUCUCCCUAUCAUCUGUCGCCAUGAUACGCAAUGGAGCCUCGAAAUCGCUCGAGUCCAAUCCCUCCGACGACAUUUGUCCCGUAUGCAAGUCAAAUCGCUACCUGACUCCUUCGCUACAGUUCCUCAUCAACCCAGAAUGUUACCACAAGAUGUGCAGUACGUGCGUCGACCGCAUCUUCACCAGUGGCCCUGCUUCUUGCCCUGUUCGGUACUGUGGAAAGACGCUACGAAAGAAAGGUUUUCAUAAGGCAUUCUUUGGGGAUUUGAAAGUGGAAAGGGAAUGCGAUAUUCGCAAAAGGGUGGGAGCUGUUUAUAAUAAGAGACAGGACGAGUUCGAGACCCUACUCGACUGGAAUAAUUAUCUGGAGAAUGUGGAGGGACUAGUAUUCGACUUGGUGGAAGGAGGGAAGGAAGACAAGAUGCGAGCCGAGGAGAAGUUAAGGGCAUAUAAGGAAAGAAAUCUGGGAGAGAUUGAGGCGAAUAAGAGGGCAGGGUUGGAAGAAAUAGAGAUGGAGAAGAGAAGAGAAAGGGCAGAGAAGGAAGCUGCUAGACAGAGGCGAUUGGCGGCGGUCAGAGAGGCGGAAGAGGAGAAGAUGGACGUGGAGAAGUCGAGGCGAGAAGUUUUGGAGAAAUUGGCAAGUGGAGAAGGUGAUGCUAGGGAGAUCACGGAGAUGGCACAGAAGGUGGUCCUGAAGAAAAGUGGUGCGAGGAGAAUUGCAUCGGAAGCCAUACUACAGAGUAAUGGUAGUGCAAAAGAUCCGAAUCUCACGAUCAGGGGACUUAAGAAGAGAGAGGCUCCAGUGGCAGAGAAGCCUUACGAACCGUUUGGUGGGGUGGACCUCGCUCCUUCACGCUAUGUCCUUCAAGAAGAUUAUGAUAGCGAAUGGCUUGCCAAUGCCAAGAAGGACCAAAGACAUGCGGCAGGCGGAUUUAGCCUUCACGAGUAUUAUGCUCGGACAAUGUUCGAGGCUUUCUCUGGACUUGGGGUUUUCAUAGAAGAUGAGAUGGGUAGCAAAGCUCUUCCAGCAGUACCUUCAAGUAUCGGCACGGAGGCAGCAGCAGAGGCUUCAACGGGGAAGAUAAAAGUUGAACACAAAAUGGAGUUGGAUGACGUCUUCUGAUACGGGUAAGACAAAUUGAUUCUGGGAGAGAAUCCGGCGGAGAAAUGCAUCGUUGGUCAAAAAUGGAGUUCAAAGAAUGCAUAAACACAGACGUUCACACAUGGGCAUUACAGCGUGGUCGGGUCUUCUCAUUAGACUCCAAUAUCGGUAGUCUGAUCAUCUAUGGCUUAAGGCCAUGUAAUACCACAUUAAGCAUUUUGGUGCUUGCUGAUCCAUCUACCUAGCU